AUGAAUUUGGUUUAUGAGGAAGGAAGCUUUCCCACAGUUGUGGCUCGCAAUUCUACACCUGUAGCCUAUCCUGGUUCUCCUUUACAUUUGUCGGUAGAAUUUUGUGCCAAUCCACCAGCCCAUGCUGCCAGAUGGCUGCAUGGAGAUCGUGUCUAUACCCCUGGCAAUCAAUAUGGCAGCACUGUCUUGGCCUAUGGUGUAACGGACUUACCCACCCCCUUUUGUAAAGAAGCCCGACUUACUUAUGUCAGCAUGCAUGAACGUGUGCCUCGAACUUUCUACUUUAUAGUCUCCUCACCAGGUGGUGUGGCCGAAACAAUUAUAAAAGUUAAUUUCACCAUGCGUUAUCGUUCCAUAUCGAAUGCCAUCGAUGAGGAGGAGGAAGAACUCAGUGAACCCGAAGAAAUACAUUUUCCAGUUUUUGGCAAGGCCUCUCUACCACUUAUAAAUUGUUGGCUUUUAGUCUUAAUAUGGUUAAGUUAUAAAUUUUAGAAAAAAUAUUAUUAAACUUAAAACUAAAAGAGAUUUCAAAACCCCCAAAACAAAGGUCUGUAAAAUAUUUAUUUAGAUUUAAUAACAAAUAUAUAAGAAAUCCCCAGCAAAAUAACUGUGUCUAUUAUUAACUAACUUAAAAAACACUAAACAAAA